AUGGCGUUUUACAUCCAAUCGAAGGUUGAUACGACUAAUUUUUACAAAAUCUCUCAUGUUGAAUCGGCGAAAAAGGUAUGUGAUAUUCUCGUCAAGUACUAUGAAGGAGGCAAGAAAGUGAAUAUUAUCAUGUUACAAACUUUGCAAAGACAAUAUGAAUUAUUGUCAAUGGGAGAAAACAAAAAGAUUUGCCAUACCAACAAGCUGAAGAACAAGGUUCCUAAAGAAGUAUGGAGUGGAAAACGACCAUCAGUGGAUCAUUUGAAGGUUUUUGGCUCUAUGUGUUACACACAUGUUCCUGAUGCAAGAAAAAGGAAGCUUGAUGACAAGAGUGAACCUAUGAAUUUGGUAGGAUAUCAUAAGAUUGGAGCAUACAGGUUGUUCAAUCCAAUUAAUCAUAAGAUUAUGAUUAGUCGAUAUAUUGUGAUUGAUGAAAAGUUUGCAUGGGAUUGGAAUUCUAGUAAUGCAAUUGAUAAGCCAUUGAUGAGUUAUGAUUUCGACGAAGCAAGUAAUGAUGUCAAAGUCGAAGAUAUUAUCGAUAUUCCAGUUGAAGUUGAAGUUGUUGCUGACAUACCUGACACAGUCAAAGUCGGAGAGGUUAUGACUAGCACAAGUCAGAAACCUCAAAGAACUCAAGUUCGUCUAGUAAGACUUCAAGACUAUGAAGUGGUUGGUGAUGAUGAAGUCACAACAGAUGGAGAACUGGUUCAUUUUUCUUUACUUGCUGGUGGUGAAUCAAUCAACUAUAUGAGGCUUUAA